AUAAAAAUGGAAUAUUGUGCAGGACGAGUAGCUCUAGUGGUUGGAGCUAGCGCUGGAAUUGGUGCUGUUAUAUCUCAAGAUCUAGUUAAAGCUGGUAUGAAAGUGGUUGGUUGCGCUCGAAGAGUUGAAAAUAUUCAAGAAUUGGCAGAUUCUCUGCGCCAAGAGAGAGGGAAGCUGUAUCCAGUCAAGUGUGAUUUGGAAGUGGAAGACGACAUUCAUCAACUUUUCAAAACUAUAGAAGAGAAUGAGGAAUUGGGUCGGAUAGAUGUUUGUAUCUACAAUGCUGGUGUUUCAACAAGUAAAGGUCUUGUUGAUGAAACAAUGAAAAAUUGGAGGAAAAUGAUGGACGUUAAUUUCUUUGGAGCCUGCCUGUGUACACAGAAAAGUAUUGAUGUGAUGAGGAAGCUUGAAAUUAAUCACGGUCAAAUCAUCUUCAUCAACUCACUUGCUGGACAUAAUGUUGUCGACUUCAAGACAACAAGGUUCUACUCCGCCACCAAGUAUGCAAUGACAGCACUCUGUGAGGGCUGGAGACAGGAACUAAGGGAGCUGGGUGCAACUAUUAGAAUAUCUCAGAUUAGCCCAGGAUAUGUAGAAUCUGAUUUUUGGGACACAAUGUUUAAAGAUGAUAAGGCGCUUGGAGAAGCAAUGAAGCCAGCCAGUGGCUUGCAGGCGUCUGAUAUCUCUGCUACUGUACAGCAUAUUCUAUCUACACCUCUUCACAUGAUUAUCAGUGAUGUUAUUGUACGCCCUGUAAACCACCCUAUUAAAUUAAGAAUGGAUCGGUGGGUAGGACGUGUUGCGUUAGUGACUGGAGCAAGUGCAGGAAUUGGAGCUUCAAUAGCAGAAGUCCUUGUAAAAGCUGGUAUGAAGGUAGUUGGAUGUGGAAGACGCUUGGAAAACAUUGAGAAGCUUUCUGCAUCUCUUUCAAAUUAUUCUGGAAAGCUUUAUGGGCGACAAUGUGACUUAGAGAAGGAAGAAGAUAUUAAGGACAUGUUUACCUGGAUUGAAAAUAAUCAGGAACUUGGGCAUAUUGAUGUGUGUGUAAACAAUGCUGGGUUCUCAACUUCAGAAACUUUGAGCACUGAACAAUAUCAAAACUGGAGAAAGAUGCUUAAUGUUAAUGUAUUAGGGCUAUGUCUCUGCACUCAGCUUAGUUUGCAGUCAAUGAAGAAGAACAACAUAGAUGAUGGGCAUGUGAUCAUGAUAAACUCAAUUUCCGGACAUAGAGUCCCACCAAAUCCGUCAACCAGGUUUUAUUCAGCAACUAAGUUUGCUGUAACUGCGCUCACAGAAGGCUGGCGACAGGAAGUAAGAGAUCUAAAAUCCAACAUCAGGAUCUCUGCUUUAAGUCCAGGACUGGUUGAGACUGAGUUUCAAAGCUCAAUGUACCCGCAUGAUCCAGAGAAAGCAAGGUCCAUUUUGGGUAGCAUAAAACCACUACAGAGUGAAGAUAUGUCAUCUGCUGUGGAGUUUAUUUUGUCGGCUCCAGCCCAUAUGCAGGUUCAUGACCUGAUAGUUCGCCCUACUCAACAACCAUUCUAACCAUCCUACUAUACAACCAUUCUACCCAUCCUACUUAACAACCAUUCUAACCAUCCUACUAUACAACCAUUCUAACAAUCCUAAUCAACAACCAUUCAAACCAUCCUACUUAACCAUUCUACCCAUCCUACUUAACCAUUCUAACCAUCCUACUUAACAACCGUUCUAACCAUCCUACUCAACAACCGUUUUGACCAUCCUACUUAACAACUAAUCUAACCAUCCUACUGAACAACCAUUCUAACAAUCCUACUCAACAACCAUUAAAACCAUCCUACUAUAUAACCAUUCUACCCAUCUUAUUUAACCAUUCUAACCAUCCUACUCAACAACGGUUCUAACCUUCUACUUGACAACAGUUCUAACAAUCCUAUUCAACAAUUGUUAUAAUAAUCCUACUAAACAGCCAUUCUAACUGUCCUACUCAACUACUUUUAACUACUUCAGUGGUCUCGCAGUUCAACUUUUAAACUUGUUAAAAUAAUUGUUCACUUGUUAAUUCAAAUUAUUUUUCCUCCAUUGUAUAUUUUUAAAUAAAAAUUAUAAGAGAUGAAUUCCGAAUUCAAUUGUUUAUAAUAAUAAUUAAAAUCGCAAUUUCUACAUUCUCUUAAAGGUAUGCAAUAUUUGCAUUGCAAAUAUACACAUAUGAAUUUA